CGGAGCAUGCGCAGUCGGCACUUUCGCAUGUGUCUCAUGCAAUCACGAACCACUGUUAAGGCCAGAUGCUGAUCUGUUUCAAAUAAAAGACGAAGUUUUACCCAAAGUUGUGGACUUUUUCCAAAGGUAACCUUGUUGGUGUUGACAGGAAACAAAGUAGGGUGACUAGGUUUCAAUAUGCCAACAGCUAGUCCGCAAAAUACCGGAGAGUCAUCGGAGCUGGCGGCGGCCGGUGAUGGAGCGGGUGCACCGGCCGGGGCUGCCGGCCCGCCCAAGACGGAAGCACAGCUGAAGAAGGAGCAAGAACGAGAGGCCAAGCGACAGGCCAAAUUGGAAAAAUUGAGGCUGAAACAAGAGAAGCAGGCCAAACAACAGGCAGAAAAACCAGCUAAAUCUGCGGCCAAGGAAAAGAAAGAGAAGUCAGAGAAAGUUUCAGCAACUUAUGAGUUUCCUACACCACCAGGGGAGAAGAAAGAUGUGAGUGGUCCGUUACCUGAUGCCUACAGUCCAGCAUACGUAGAGGCUGCGUGGUACCAGUGGUGGGAAAAGCAAGGAUUCUUCAAACCAGAAUAUGGAAGGAAAAGCCUGAAAGACCCCAACCCCAAGGGCACGUUCAUGAUCUGCAUCCCCCCACCCAAUGUGACGGGUUCCUUGCAUGUUGGCCACGCCCUCACUAAUGCUGUGGAGGACGCCCUCACCAGGUGGCAUCGUAUGCGAGGGGAGAUGACCCUUUGGAAUCCAGGCUGCGAUCACGCCGGUAUCGCGACCCAAGUCGUCGUUGAGAAGAAACUAUGGAGAGAGCAGAAGCUCUCCAGGCAUGACCUGGGAAGAGAGAAGUUUGUUGAACAAGUCUGGAAAUGGAAGAAUGAGAAAGGCGAUCGCAUCUACAACCAGAUUCGCCUGAUGGGUUCGUCCGUGGACUGGGACCGGGCCUGCUUCACCAUGGAACCCAAACUGGCCAAUGCUGUGCAGGAAGCCUUCAUACGCAUGCACCAGGAUGGAACGAUAUAUCGCAGCAACCGAUUGGUCAACUGGUCGUGUACUCUGAAGAGUGCCAUCUCAGAUAUUGAGGUUGACAAGCGUGAGCUGCCUGGACGGACCUUGCUCUUCGUCCCUGGUUACGUGGAGAAGGUUGAGUUUGGAGUGCUGGUCUACUUUGCUUACAAGGUAGAAGGCUCAGAUGAAGAGCUGAUCGUUGCGACCACCCGUAUUGAGACCAUGCUAGGAGAUACGGCCGUCGCCGUUCACCCAGACGAUGCACGUUUCAAACAUCUUCACGGCAAGCGCGUCGUCCAUCCCUUCCGCAGCUGCACGCUGCCCAUCGUUUGUGACGAGUUCGUCGACAUGAACUUUGGGACUGGUGCUGUGAAGAUCACUCCAGCCCAUGACCCCAACGAUUACGAGGUCGGCAAACGCCAUGACCUGGAGUUCCUCACCAUGAUCUCGGAUGAGGGAAACAUCACAGAUGUCUGUGAGCAGUUCAAGGGCAUGAAGCGCUUUGAUGCAAGGAAGGCCGUCCUUGCCGCUCUCAAGGAGAAGGGACUGUACAAAGAGACCAAGGAUAAUCCCAUGGUAGUUCCUGUGUGCAGUCGCUCUAAGGAUAUUGUUGAGCCUCUGCUCAAGCCACAGUGGUACGUGGACUGCACAGACAUGGCGAAACAGGCUGUGGCGGCCGUGGAGGAAGGCCAACUCAAGAUUAUCCCAGACAUGCACAUCAAGACGUGGAACAACUGGCUGACAAACAUCAGGCAAUGGUGUAUAUCUCGUCAGCUCUGGUGGGGCCAUCGCAUUCCCUGUUACUUCAUAACCGUUGACGAUGCUAGUAUUCCUGCUGGUGAUAAUGUAGAUAACAAUUAUUGGGUCAGCGCCAGAUCUGAAGCAGAGGCCCUACAGAUUGCUGCCGAACGCUUCAAAGUUCCUGCCGAGAAGAUCUCACUCAAACAAGAUGAGGAUGUACUGGAUACGUGGUUUUCAUCAGCCAUCUUCCCAUUCUCCAUAUUUGGCUGGCCCAACCAGACUGAGGACCUGGAAGUCUUCUACCCAGGCACGCUUCUCGAGACAGGCCACGACAUCCUGUUCUUCUGGGUUGCCCGCAUGGUGAUGUUUGCCUUCAAGUUGACGGACAAGCUGCCGUUCAAGGAGGUGUAUCUGCACGCCAUGGUGCGCGACGCUCACGGCCGCAAGAUGAGCAAGUCGCUGGGCAACGUCAUCGAUCCCAUUGACAUCAUUCAAGGGAUCACGCUGGAGAAUCUACACAAGUUGCUGGAGAACAGCAACCUUGAUCCCAGGGAGAUAAACAAAGCUAAGGAGGGUCAGACGGCUGAUUACCCCAACGGUAUCCCAGAGUGUGGCACGGAUGCACUGAGGUUUGCUCUGUGCGCUUACACUGCACAAGGUCGUGACAUUAAUCUGGACGUGCAGCGCGUUCAGGGCUAUCGCUUCUUCUGCAACAAGUUGUGGAACGCCACCAAGUUUGCCCUGAAGGCAAUAGGGGACGACUUCACACCGCUUGCUGAAUUCAAGUUGAGUGGUUCCGAGACUCACAUGGACCGCUGGAUUCUCAGCAAGCUAGCUGGCACUGUCAAAGUCUGUGAGGACGGCUGGCCGACCUAUGACUUCCCCGGCAUCACCACACGCAUCCAUGCAUUCUGGCUGUAUGAUCUAUGCGACGUCUACUUGGAGUCCAUCAAGCCCGUCUUACGCGGCUCUGACACCGCGGCCCUGGCCACCACCCGCCAGGUCCUGUACACCUGCCUGGACGUUGCCCUGCGCCUCAUCUCUCCCUUCAUGCCUUUCCUGACCGAGGAGUUGUUCCAGCGGUUACCGCGCAGGACCGCGAACGAGCCGCUCAGUAUAUGCGUCACACCCUACCCUGAGACAUGCGAGCAUCCAUGGUACAGUGAGCAGAUCGAGGCGGAGGUUUCUCUGGUCCAAGACAUCGUUGGUAAAGCCAGGUCCAUGAGAGCCGACUACAACCUGACCAAGCAGAAGGCCGACAUGUACCUGCGGUGUACAGACCAAGCAGUCGCCGAUACGCUCAGCCUCUAUGAGAGCCUUAUUUCGACACUCUCAUCGGCGUCGGCUGUUCAUUGCCUGGUUGGAACAGCGCCCCCUAGUGGCUGCGCCAUGGCAACCGUCUCGGACAAAUGCGAAGUGCACCUUCUACUCAAGGGCUUGGUUGAUACUGAGAAGGAGAUCAGCAAGCUUGCCCAGCGAAUUGAGAAACUGGAGGUCCAGCGCAACAAGCUCCAACAGGCCACGAUGGUACCAGACUAUGCCACUAAGGUCCCUCAGGCUGUACAAGACAGCAAUAAGGAAAAGAUGAGUCAAACAGAGAACGAAGUCCAGAAGCUCCAAGAUGCAAUGGAGAUGUUCAGAAAGGUCAGCGGGGAUAAUUGACCUUUAUCCUUGGAACUUUUGGAUAUUUUCCAGCCUCAUCAAGCACGUGCAAGACUCACCCGUCACAUUAGUUAAUUGCAAACUGCAAAUCUAAGAUAGUUUCUGAGUGUAAUAAAACUGUAAACCAGAAAAUUAUCAUGUGACAAUUACGCACAAUGCAAUAUACAAUACGAAUGUUAUUGGGAGUCACUAUAAGAUCGCAGUAAGUUUUCGAUGAUAUCUUACAUACCAUAUUUGUCACAUUUUGGUUUGUGCUCUCUUCUGUUUUCUUUCUGACUUUGUUUCUUUAUUAUUAAACUUUCUUUUCCCUGACAUCCAUUUUUGGUCCCUCUCCAGUUUCUUUUUAUUUACACAAUGAUUUUUGGAAAAGCAGCCAUGAUCUUAAUUCCCUUUUUUUUUUUUUUAAUUGAUCACAAUUUUUUUUUUGAGGGUGACAGUAGUCCUUCAUUGUAAUGAUAAUAUUCACUAUUCUUUGGGACUAACUUUUGAAAUCUUAAAUAUAUACAACUGCACACAGUUUUAACUUGUGCAAAGAUGUAAUAGAUAUUUCUAUUUAUGGUGGUGUUUCGUUGUACUUAUGCAGGAUACUAAAGAAAAGCUGAAGGUUUUUGAUAUUAUGAUAUACUUGCCAACACUUUCAAAGUGUAUGCUACUGUUAACUAAAUCUUACAACUACACACAACAUGGUAUAGUUCAGCCUGCAACUAAGUGUCUGGUUUAAAAGCAACAGGGGCUCAUAUGUUCAGCUUUCUGAAUGAAACAAAAGUAACAGAACAUCUUACAAUAGACUCAUUGUCCAGCCAUUAAAAAAAGGUUAAAUUGCACAAUUUCCACGAGAACAAUAAUUUGGAAUAGUUUGCCAUGUUUAUCAAAAAUGAUCUGAAAAAAAUAUUAAAAUAAAAAUGUUACAAUAAGGGAAAUUUAUAGAAGUAACACGCAUUACUCUCUGUUGAAUUUUCAAUAUUUUUUAACUGCUGAAAAAUCAUGGGUUUGUUGGUGCAAACAUCUCAUUAAUCUCUAAAGUUGAAUAAAUUGUAUCUGCAGGAACACUA